AUUCAGACCAGGAUAAAGGAGAUGGAUCACUUAAGUACAUCCUUUCUGGAGAUGGAGCAGGAGACCUCUUCAUUAUCAAUGAAAACACUGGUGACAUCCAGGCCACAAAGAGACUAGACAGGGAAGAAAAGCCUGUAUACAUACUCCGUGCCCAGGCUAUAAACAGAAGGACUGGAAGACCAGUGGAACCAGAAUCUGAGUUCAUCAUUAAGAUCCAUGAUAUCAAUGACAAUGAGCCAAUGUUUACAAAGGACGUUUACAAUGCCAGCAUUCCCGAAAUGUCAGAUGUUGGUACCUUUGUUGUGCAAGUCACCGCAACCGAUGCUGAUGAUCCUACAUAUGGGAACAGUGCUAAAGUUGUCUACAGCAUUCUCCAGGGACAACCAUAUUUCUCCGUUGAAUCUGAGACAGGCAUUAUUAAAACUGCUUUGCUAAACAUGGACCGUGAAAACAGGGAGCAAUACCAAGUGGUCAUCCAGGCUAAGGACAUGGGAGGCCAGAUGGGCGGAUUAUCAGGAACCACCACUGUGAACAUCACAUUGACUGACGUAAACGACAAUCCGCCUCGCUUCCCCCAGAGCACCUACCAAUUCAGAGCUCCUGAGUCUACGCCACCUGACUCACCAGUUGGCAGGAUAAAAGCUAAUGAUGCUGACGUGGAUGAAAAUGCAGAGAUUGAAUACAGCAUCACUGAGGGGGAUGGAUAUGACAUGUUUGGAAUUACCACAGACAAGGACACACAGGAAGGAAUUAUAACUGUCAAAAAGGCAUUGGAUUUCGAAAAUAAAAACCUGUAUAUUCUGAAAGUGGAAGCCACCAAUACUCACGUGGACCCUCGAUUCCUCUACCUGGGGCCAUUCAAGGACUCAGCUACAGUCAGAAUUCAGGUGGAGGAUGUAGAUGAGCCCCCUGUGUUCGGCAGACCAGCAUACAUAAUGGAAGUGAAAGAAGAUGUUCCAAUAAACAGUGUAAUAGGAACAAUAACUGCUCAGGAUCCAGAUGCUGCCAGGAACCCCGUCAAGUACUCUGUAGAUCGACACACUGAUAUGGACAGAGUAUUCAACAUCAAUUCAGGAAAUGGUUCGAUAUUUACUUCAAAACCCCUUGACCGGGAAACACUGCUAUGGCACAACAUUACAGUAAUAGCAGCAGAGAUCAACAACCCAAAACAAAGCAGCCGUGUCCCAGUGUUCAUUAAGGUUUUGGAUGUAAAUGACAACGCUCCAGAGUUUGCCAUGUUUUACGAGACCUUCGUCUGUGAAAAUGCGAAGGCAGAACAGCUGAUACAAACAUUAAGUGCUGUUGAUAAAGAUGACUCUUAUGGUGGACAUCAAUUUUCAUUCUCCUUAGCUCCUGAGGCAGCCAGCAGCUCAAACUUUACGCUACAGGACAACAGAGACAACACAGCAGGGAUUUUCACCCGAAAAACCAGAUAUAACCGGCAUGAAAUGAGUACCUACUUCUUGCCAGUGGUAAUAUCAGACAAUGACUACCCUAUCCAGAGCAGCACUGAAACGGUGACUAUUCGAGUAUGUGCUUGUGACCACCGAGGAAAGAUGCUGUCCUGUAAUGCAGAAGCCUUGAUUCAUCCUACUGGUCUUAGCACUGGGGCUCUUAUUGCCAUUCUCCUCUGUAUCAUUAUAUUACUCGUUACAGUGGUGCUGUUUGCAGCACUGAGACGGCAACGGAAAAAAGAGCCGCUGAUUAUUUCCAAAGAAGACAUCAGAGACAACAUUGUCAGUUAUAAUGAUGAAGGUGGUGGCGAGGAAGACACCCAGGCAUUUGAUAUCGGCACGCUGAGGAAUCCCGAAGCCAUAGACGAUAAUAAAUUACGCAGAGACAUUGUGCCGGAAACACUUUUUAUGCCACGGCGGACUGCAACAGCGCGAGAUAACACGGAUGUCAGAGAUUUCAUUAACCAAAGGUUAAAGGAAAAUGAUACAGAUCCAACGGCACCCCCGUAUGACUCGUUAGCAACCUACGCGUACGAAGGUAAUGGUUCUGUGGCCGAGUCCCUCAGCUCCUUGGAGUCGGUGACUACGGACGGAGAUCAGGACUAUGAUUACCUCAGUGACUGGGGGCCUCGGUUUAAAAAGCUGGCAGAUAUGUAUGGCGCAAUGGACAGUGACAAAGACUCUUAAAAUGUUGCCU